AUGGAAGAGAGUAUUUGGGAAACCAACGCAUCACAAACAAGAGCCUCACAUUUGUUGGCUGGAGCCCGUCGCCAGCUAAAGCCAUCUCGUAAUUCGUAUGUCCACAGACUGAUAGGAUACGUCUACAUACCCUACGGCCACAAAGGUCCUGCUGUGGAGAGAAUUGCUGCAUGGACCGCCAACAAGGGUCUUUGGCUUUAUUCGACCUUACCUCUUUUCCCCGAGAAGUUUUCUAACUUCCACGGAGAGGUAGUGAACGUGACGGCGCUGCCUUACACACCACACUGGGUGGAAGAAAUAGAACAGGACGAAAACUUCUCAGCUGUAAAAAGAUAUUCAGGCACAGAUUACUUUCUCCUCUCGAGCAUUGCCAGUACACUUAACUUCAAAAUAAAUGUCAUUCCAACAUCAAGCUGGGACGAGGUAGCUAUGAGAGUUGAGGAGCGGAAAUCGUUCAUGGCCACCGUCUUCCAUAACAUGUUACCUCAGCGACUGAAGCGCUAUGACUACUCUUACACGUAUGAAUAUGGAUCCCUUGAUUUUAGUGCUGCCAAGCCUUCCCUCAGGCCACGUUGGCAAAGCCUGUACUACCCACUGUCUAACGAAGUGUGGAUUGCUGUCUUGGGUGUCCUGCUCGUCGUGCCGAUUUCUGUAUACUUAUUUUCCUUAACAGGACUAAAUGCAACAUCCCAAUCUAUGGAUAUCGUUGAAGCUUCCCAGAUGGUCGUCGCCACAUUCCUCUCCCAGAACCUAUCAAAGAAACUUCCACAUUCCAAUUCGAGUCGCAGUCUCGUAGCAGCGUGGCUGGUGUUCGUUCUCGUAGUCGGAACGGUGUACCGAGGCAACUUAACCGCCGCACUCACCUUGCCCAAGUAUCCGCCCAGAACGGAGACGGUCCAGCAGCUCGUUGACUCCUUCAGCAGUAUUACGAUGCCUCCCUUUGGCAAAGAGUUUAUCAGUUUCUUCAAGCAGUCGAACUCUACCCUGUAUAAGACCUUAGCAGGGAAAAUGUCCAUCGUUCCUGACGUCAUUACGGGUUUACAGAGAGCAAAAGACACCAGGGAGGCUCAUGUGGCUGGUAGAAGGUACAUGGAGCAGAUGAUUGCAAGGCAUUUUACUUUGCCUGAUGGAAGCGCUCGGUUAUAUGUAGGCCGAGAGAGCAUUCUCCCAGGAAUCUCUGCAUGGCCCAUACCUCACGACGCCUCUUACAGGUAUCAAAUGGACCGUUUGAUGAUGGCCGUUGUAGAGGUAAGAGAAAUCUGAAUAUUUGUCAUAGGAGUCUAGUGACUUCUAUUAUCAUAAUAUCAUAAUUGCACGAAAUUAUACUUAAUGUAGGAAAAAAAGACAUGUAAUAAUUGGACAUUAAACGACACAAAUAGAAGCAGGUAAAGA